CAAGGAAACCCUCACUCCACUCGCUCGGAUCAUUGCAACGUAGGUAGUAGAGAAUAGAGGCAGGUUGCAAUGGCUUGGCGUGGAAUCUUUAAAAUUUUCUCGACAAUCGCUUCUGGUAAGAACAAUCUCCCGGAGGAGAAGAUGGAUUUUGAAGAGGAAACGGGAGAUAGGGUUUUGAAUGAUGAGGUAGAGCUUGGUGAUGAAGAAGGUGAAGAGGUUUUGGCCUUACCACUUCCACAUUUACCAUUUUUUCCAGGAUUCCACAGGCCAGUUCAAGUUAAGGAUCCUAAAUUAUUAGCAGCUUUGCAAGAAAGCUAUGCACGGCAUGCCCCAUAUGUUGGGGCUUUUCUUGUUAAAGAUGAGCCAGGGACUGAUCCUAGUUUAGUAUCUGGUUCUAAAGCAGAGAAAAACAUAUAUGAUUUAAAAGGAAAAGAGUUAUUGAAUCGUCUUUAUGAAGUUGGUAUACAUGCUAAGAUUUUAGGAAUCCGAGGAGACCGAGUGGUCCUUGUCGCACUUGGACGAAUUCGAAUCAUGGAGAUGGUUGACAAGGAACCUCUUACUGUAAAAGUUGGUCAUCUCAAGGAUAAACCAUAUAACAAGGAUGAUGAUGUCAUAAAGGCAACAUCAUUUGAGGUUAAAUCUACCCUAAGUGAUGUUCUCAAUACUCGUUCCUAUUUGAAACGCACUUGUACUAAGUGUAUUGAUAAUUCUGAGUUUCCAAGGUUAGCGGAUCUUGGAGCUGUGAUAUCUGGUGCGAAAAAUUUACAGUGCCAGCAAGUGCUUGAAGAGCUAGAUGUGUAUAAACGUUUAAAACUUACGCUUGAAUUAUUGAAGAAAUCUAUGGAAAUCAGCAAGAUUCCGGAAUUGGUUUUGGAGACAGAUUCCAAAACAACACUUUCUGCAGCAAAAUUUAGGGAGAGGCUUGAAGGAAACAGGGAUCAGAUCCCACUUCAUGUUUUGCAAGUUAUAAACGAAGAGCUUUCAAAGCUGCAGCAGUUUGGAGCCAGUUCAAUUGAAUUUAAUGAAACUCAUAACUAUCUAGAUUGGUUGACUGCUCUUCCUUGGGGAAUUUAUAGUGAUGAGAACUUUGAUGUCUUUUGGGCAAAAAAAAUUCUUGAUGAAGACAAUUAUGGUUUAGCUGAUGUGAAGGAAAGAAUAUUGGAAUUCAUAGCUGUUGGAAAACACAGAGGAACUACACAAGGAAGAAUAUUAUGUUUCUCUGGCCCACCUGGGGUAGGCAAAAUGAGCAUAGGUCGUUCAAUUGCGCGUGCCUUGAAUCGUAAGUUCUACUCGAUCUCUGUUGGAGGAUUGACUAACAUUGCCGAAAUCAAGGGGCAUUUUCGAAUCAAUGUUAGUUCCACACCAGGAAAGAUGGUGCAGUGCCUAAAAACUGUGGGAACAGCUAACCCUCUUGUUUUAAUUGAUGGGGUCGACAAGUUGGGAAGACAGCAUGCUCGUGAUCUAACAAGUGCAGUUUUGGAUCUUCUUGAUCCUGAGCAAAAUGCUAAAUUCGUAGAUAACUAUUUCUUUUUUCCAAUUGACCUAUCAAAGGUUCUGUUUGUGUGCACAGCAGAUGUGGUGGACAAUAUACCCAAAGAUUUCUUGUACAGAAUGGAACUCAUUUCUAUUGCUGGAUAUGUUACUGAUGAGAAAAUGCACAUUGCGAGAGACUAUUUGGAGAAGAGCACACGUGAAGCAUGUGGAAUCAAACCCGAAGAGGUUGAAGUGACCGAUGCAGCUCUUCUUUGUCUGAUUGAAAAAUACUGCCAUGAAGCAGGAGUUCAGAAUCUCCAGAAGCACAUAGAAAAGAUUUAUCACAAGAUAGCUCUCCAACUUGGUAGACAAGGAGUGUCAUAUGAACCUGCAAUAGCUGACAAACCUGGGGAAGCUCUAGUGCGAUGUGCUGGUGAAUUGAGUAAAAAAGAUGUGACAGAUUUCAAGACAAUCCAGGAAAGUGAAGCAAUUGGGACUAUUGAGAAAGUUGUCGUUGACAUAUCAAACCUAGCUGAUUUUGUUGGAGAUCCUGUUUUCAAUGCUGAGCGCAUCUAUGAUCAGACUCCAGUUGGAGUAGCUAUGGGUCUUGCUUGGACUGCCAUGGGGGGAUCCACCCUGUACAUAAAGGCCACUCAAAUUGAGCAAGGAGAGGGGAAAGGGGCCCUCACUCUUCCAGGUCAACUUGGAGAUGUUAUGAAAGGAAGUGCUCAGCUCGCUCACAUAGUUGCAAGAUCAAUGUUGUUUAAGAAAGAGCCUGAUAACCGUUAUUUUGCAAAUUCCAAGCUUUAUCUUCAUGUUCCUUUGAGGGCCACCCCUAUGGAUGAGCCUAGUGCUGGUUGCACCAUGAUCACAUCCUUGUUGUCCCUUGCCAUGAAGAAGCUUGUCAAAAAGGAUCUAGCAAUCACUGGGGAAUUUACUCUAUUGGGGAAGAUUCUACCAAUUGGUUGGGUUAAGGAGAAAACUAUAGCAGCCAGAAGGAAUGGAGUAAAGACCAUCAUAUUCCCUUCGGCUAACAAGAGGGAUUUUGAUGAACUUGCAACAAAUGUGAAAGAGGGCCUCGAUGUUCACUUUGUAGAUGACUACAAUCAGAUAUUCGAUAUAGCUUUUGGUGAUGACCAGGAGACAGGAAAAUAAGCUUUCCAUGCCCACCAGCUUACGACUCCCUUUUUUCAAGAUUUUGGGCGAGUUCUUUUCGUGACCCAAGCUAAGAACUUCCAAGUUAAUCCACUCUGAACAUUUCUUUGUGUAACAAUGAUUUCACAAGAACUUUCUACUAUAUACUUGCCAAAUUUGUUGGUAUAUGUUGUCUUUUGUCCAGAAUUUUUGUCUUUUUAAGUCCUGGAAAUCCCCCAACACAAAUGAGCUACUGUGUCAUCUGGAUUAGUUUCAAUGUUGCAGAUGUAAAUUUCAGCUUGUUCUGGCUCCUUUUUUGACAUCUCCUUAACAUCUAUUUUAGUUUUGGAUUCUUUCUUUGAACCUCGUCAAUGAUC